AUGUCUACAUUGACGAGCGCAGACGUCGUUUUUGACAAGGUGCACUUCCGCCACGACCGUCGGUGGAGCGUGCAGCCGCGGCAGGGCGGGCUGUUCUGCCUGGCCUGCGCCGCUCACAUCAUAGACACGGAGCACAUCGCGGUGAGGAAGGUAAAGAAUAUGUCGGUCAGGAAGUCCUUUGCCUUGUCUAGUAUAAGUGGGAUACUUAAAAGUUCUCCAGGAACCUUGAGAGAGCUGCUACAACAAGACAACAGAGUCUGUUUACGUUUUAUCGCAACAAUAUUAGGGGUAUUUCAAACAAUGGAUGACCCAGUCACUCUGGAAAAGGCUGACCAAGUGCUCGUCCAGCUGCUUUCGGAGCUCCAGAAUGAGCAGUCAGUUCACUUUGUCUUGGAUAACAUUCACAAACAGGUGAGUGACCAGCUCAGUGUGAAGUCCUUCCUGCCUGCACUCAAUUUCUUGGGGAACCUUGUGAAAGCAGUCCCUAAUGUGGCCCACAGCCUUGUGACUCAGUACGUGCCUCUCCUGGACCACCUUUGCUCAUUCUUGCUUUACCCAGCUGAAGCCCUGAAAACGUCAGUAAUGUAUGUGUGGCUCCAGCUGUUGGGAACAGCUGGGGACACUGUAGCCCAGUCCCUGCCCGCAACCACCAGGGACAGAUUGUGUAUCCGUUUGCUGCAGACCUUGGCCAAUGGCAGUGCAGAAAAGCUGAUCAGAAACUGUGCUGGCCUGCUGUGGCAGCUGGUGCAGCUGAGCGAGGCAGUGUCAGUUCUGAUGAGCAGCCAAGGCGCUCAGAUAAUGUGCGAUGAGACCCAGGACAUCCUCACCAACAACAGCCAGAUCCCGACUCAAAACCAAGAGCAACAGCCCACUGAGCACUGUCCUCUGCCUCUCUUGCUGAAAAAGUUGCUGCUGAGUGGUGAUGAAACAUUGAAGGUGACCAGCGUGAAGUGUAUUGCUGCCAUUCUGGUUCACUCCCCCAGUCAGUACAGUGUUUUCUUCAUCAAGGCUGACGUACCUGGGUUUCUGUUUGACCAACUGGCCUCCAGUAGUAAUGAGAUGCUGCUGUUGUCUAUCUACAGUUGUUUAUUGUUGCUAACUGAAGACCAACUCUUCUUCUCCCAGUGUCACUCCAUCUAUGGUAUUGAGUCCUUGCUGCGCAGUAUAAAGGAGGGUUUGCAGCUGACCAAUUCGGAAGUACCAAAACAUGGUUUUCUGCUCCUCACUCAAAUACUGGAAAGACAGCCCCCCAGCCUACCUCUGUUCCCCAGUGGCUCAGGCUUUGUGGCGGUUUCAGAGGCAGUGAUGGCUGGAGUCGCCUCCUCCUGUUGGUUGGUCGCCAUAGAGGCUGUCAGUGCCGCUACCGCUUUGUUCAGACUCAACCAUCAGUCUCGACCGGUCCAAUAUGAGGAGGUAAAGGGACUGGUAAAGGCUAUCAGCUCUAGAUUUUCUGAACUUCGUUUGCCCUUCCCUGGUCCUUUGAGAUACUCUGGAACUUUGAGGAGAUCAGAUACAAACAGCCAGACCUUCGGGUCAAAAAAAUAUUUUCUACAGGCCCUGGUCUGCUUUGAGGCCACCUGCAGGUUGGCUGAGGAGUGUGCGUCAGAGCCCGUCCUGAUGGAGAACCCAUUUACUGCUCCACAUAAACACAACGAUGCUCAACACUCUGUGGAAUCUCUGUGUCAAUGUUUGCUGCGCUGCUGCGACUCUGUCUGGAUACCCGCUGUUCAGAGGAUGUGUGAAUGUGAGCCCAGUGCCAUGAUACUGCAGCCCUUCUACUCCAUCCUUUCCUCCCAGUUUACCCUUCUUCCCUCCCUCAUGCCUGCAUUUGCAAAUAAACUAGCUUCCUCUGGUUUCUUCAGACUGGCUUUAAACCACAAAAGCCUCCUUUGUGCAGGAAGCAGGAACCCAGGUCUGAAUGCUUCGUGCUGCGGUUUUCUGCAGAAGCUCAGUAUGUGUCUGCUUUCCGAGUCAGACCCUCCUUUUGGCAACCGGGAUUGUGAAGAGGUGGAGACUCUUCUGCAAAGCGUCCUCCCAUCUCUGUGUCGCCAUUUGUCAGAAUGGCCUAUUCUAAUGUGUGACUAUCAAGAACCCAGAGCUACACAGUACUGUCUGGUGAUUAUGCUUUACUUGGCUCUGCAGCAAGGAAACAGGCUCCUCCCGGACCAGAAGGUUUUCUCCAGCGUGGUGUGGCUGUUGCACUCAGUGCAGGACCAAUGCAGCUCCACGAUGCCUCACUCUGUUUUCCGCUCUGCCCUCUACUUACUGGCAAUCACACAAGACAAGAGCUCCAACCUCGAUGGGCCUGCAUUGAAGUACAUCAGCAAAGCACUGUCCUCCUGCCAAAGCUUCGCCUCCCUCUACUUCCACCAUCCUGCACUCCUCCACUUCAUCUGUCGCUAUCCGGAGUUGGUGGAAAAAUUUGGUUCCCUGGUUUUGGAACUCUGGCUGACCAAGCAAACGCAGCACACUAAGACAGAGCACAUCAGAGUAAGGAGACAUUUCUCGGAUUGAUUUACACAGGAAGACAAUAGGCAGGAUCAGGAACCAAACACAGAAACCAUGGAGCUAUUGGCUCUUAUGAAGAAGUACCCAGAUGUCAUACUAACCCUGUUGGACAUAGCUUGCACCAGAGAGGCUCCCCUUGCAGAGCGAGUUCUGGGUGUCCUGGAGCUUCAUUUGCAUGACCUAAGAGACCAUAUGACAGACUUGUGUACAAAUCUUAGGUCAGCCCUGCUCCAGGCAUUACAGCGGAUCAGUGUGGAAAGCAUGGGUCAUGGCCUCGGACAGGGACACAGUACAUCAGCAGUCAACUCGCUCCCCCUGGUGCUGAAGCUGCUUUGUGUGACUCAGGCCACCGACCCGCCUUUACAUCCCCUCGACUCUAACAUGGAAGGACUGCACUUCAAGCUCCUGUACCAUGUCAGUAAUAUAGUGGGAAGUCUGAAGCCGAUCAACACAGAGAGCCUACUACCUGCCUUCAACUACCUGCACAGCUGCCUGAGCUUGUCCCCUGCACACAUCACUGACAGAGCUGUCUCCAUGCUGCUCUCCAACAGUGGGCUGAUGGACCAGCUGCAGACAGUCAUCUCCUCCUCCACUACCCCAUCCCCCCCGCCAUCAGCCUGCCCUCCUCCAGCCCUGCUGUGCUGUGGCCACCUACUGCUGUCUUCCCUUGUUACCUUGCAGCACAUUCACUCCUCUCAGGUCAAUAAGAGCAUCAGUUGGAGCCUUGACACAGCUGUGGAUCGGCUCCUUGUUAAGAAAAGAAACACAGACAGCCUCUUGCUGGUCAGCCACCUGAAGUUGCUGCAGGCCCUACUUGAUGUUGACCUGGCCUCGGCAGUAGUUUGCCUCAGCACUGGUCCUGGAUUGGUCGGGCCCCGACCCCUGGGGGUUGAAGGCGAUGCGUUGUACCCGCUUGGCUCCACAGGGGCGCUGUGCCUCACUACUGCUCUCAGCGGGCUUCUAUUGCAGAAACACGAGUUGCUCCUGAGAGCCUCAGUCAACUGCCUGGCCUCCCUGCUGGCUUUCCUGAAGAGGAAAAGUCUCACGACAGCCGAGUAUGUGGUGUGUCAGCCAUGGACUCGAUUCCUACUGCGCUGUCUGCUCAGCUCAGGAGAGAGCUGCCUUCUGCACCCUGCCAUUCUCAGACUCCUCACAAUCCUGUUGCAGUGCAACAGUACGUCUGUGCUGUGGGAGCCUGACCUGCUCCGUGUGAUGGAGACAGUGGAGAGGAAGGGGGUGAAGGAGCUCGGCCCGGAGGCAGCGGUGACCCUCAGCUUCCUUCUGACACAGAUCGAGGCUCAUGUUGCACUAACACCAGACGAGCACAAGCUUAGAGUGAGGAGAAUGGUGGAGGCGCUGGAACCACAGACUUCAGCCCAGACCUGCAACCCCAGUCUCUCCAGCACCAUCCUACAAGUUGGAGACGUGACCAUCUGCAUGUCAGACUUCACCCUGAAGACAGGACGAUGAUAUACUUUGAUAGUCAGAUUCAACAGUUCAUUUUAAUGUUCGUUUAUACUUUGAUGCCUUUAUAUCCCUCUCAUGCAGUUUCUACCACUUUUAAGUUACAGUACAACAGUAAUCUGAUAAAAGUAGCUUAUAUUUACUGAUGUUUUGGAGAAAGUCUUUGCUGAAUGUUGGAUGUGCAUGUUGGGCAAAAAUUAAUUUUUUCAUAAUUGUAUUUAUGUAUUUAUUUACAACAGAUAUUUAAUAUUGUUUGGUUGUGGUUUCUAGCUUGUUGACGAUUUCAGGGGGGAAAUAAAUUGU